ACCCAUUUGCUGAUCUCGACCUUGUUAUCUUUUUCUCUCUUUUUUUUCUCUUUCAUCUUUUGUCAGACUCAUUCCUAUUUCUAAAACCCCAACUCCAUGGUAACUUUCCUUGCUACGUCUUUCAGAGAACCCUAGAUUAGUUAAUUUGCCUAACAAUUUAUUUUUUUAUAAGGAAAAAUGAAGAAUCCCAAAAGCUAGAAAAAGAAAUCCCCAACCAACCCCACUUCAUUCUUCAUCGAUUACACAAAAAGAAAAGCAAUGUUUUUGCUAUCUUACUUGUGGAUUUCCAUCUUCCACCCUUCUUAUUUUGUGUUAAUGAAAAAACCUAAACUAAAAUCCAAUUUUGAGAUCCUCCUUUAAUCAUUUCUCUGUCCCAGUUCCACUGUUAAAAACUCACAAACCUCAGCCUUUCUCUUUUGUUCAAAUCCCCCGGAAAAAAAUAAAACCCUUCUCACUUGAUCAAAACUCUCUCUAAUAUUGAUGUUGCUCUCUUCGGGUUAAAUGGAUACUUUGUUUGGGCUUGUUAGUCUUCAGUCUGAUCAAUCUUUCAACUCUAGCAGAACCUCAAGUAGCUCAAGAUCCUCUAGACAAAACAACCACAACAAUUACUGCCAACAAGAAGACGAAGAAUGCUUCAACUUUUUAAUGGAUGAAGAAGACUUCUCCUCGUCUUCUUCCAAACACUACUAUCCUUAUCAUCAACCCCACCCUUCUAACACCACCGCUACUCCCACCACCACCACAACUAACACUAGCACUCCUACCCAUCAACUCUUUGAAGCCACUGACUUCUCUUUCUCCCCUUCUCGGGACCUCAAUUUCGAAUUUUCUUCCCACUGGGCUACCGAUAUUCUCCUUGAGACAGCACGCGCUGUUGCCGAUAAAAACAGUGCUUGUCUUCAGCAGUUGAUGUGGAUGCUUAACGAGCUCAGUUCUCCCUAUGGUGACACCGAUCAAAAGCUCGCUUCUUACUUUCUUCAAGCCUUGUAUAAUCGCAUAAGAGAUACUGGAGACCAGUGUUACCGUACUUUAGCGUUGGCGUCAGAAAAGACUCGUUCUUUCGAGUCAACAAGAAGGAUGGUGUUGAAGUUUCAAGAGGUAAGCCCUUGGACUACUUUCGGUCAUGUAGCUUGUAAUGGUGCGAUCAUGGAAGCCUUUGAAGGGGAAAACAAUUUACAUAUUAUCGAUAUUAGUAACACAUAUUGCACACAAUGGCCUACUUUGCUCGAAGCCCUUGCCACUCGAACGGACGAGACCCCCCACCUGAGGCUAACCACUGUUGUGGCUACAAAAUCGGCUGGUAGUAAUUCUGGUGCUGGAGGUUUAGCCACUGUGCAAAAAGUGAUGAAAGAAAUAGGCAACAGGAUGGAGAAAUUUGCUAGGCUUAUGGGUGUCCCUUUUAAAUUCAAUGUUAUUCACCACGUUGGUGAUUUAUGCGACCUAAAUUUAGGUGAACUAGAUAUCAGAAACGAUGAAGCUCUUGCUAUAAACUGUAUUGGUGCUUUCCAUACAAUCAGAGCCGUUGAUAAUAGUAGAGAUAUUCUGAUAUCAAAUUUGAGAAGGCUACAACCAAGGAUAAUCACUGUUGUUGAAGAAGAAGCUGAUCUUGAUGUGGGCAGUGAUGGGGUUGAAUUUGUUAGGGGUUUUGAAGAAUGUGUAAGAUGGUUUAGGGUUUACUUUGAGUCGCUAGAUGAAAGCUUUUCAAGAACAAGCAAUGAACGGUUGAUGCUUGAGCGAGCAGCCGGGCGUGCGAUGGUGGACCUGGUGGCUUGUCAACCAGCAGAAUCGAUCGAACGGCGGGAGUCAGCCACGCGCUGGUCGCAACGCCUCCAUGCAGCAGGGUUUAGCCCUACCAUGUUCAGUGAUGAAGUGUGUGAUGAUGUACGCGCCUUGUUGAGGAGGUACAGGGAUGGCUGGUCAAUGGCACAGUGCCCUGAUGGCGGAAUUUUCUUGUCUUUUAAAGAACAAACGGUGGUUUGGGCAAGUGCGUGGCGGCCAUAAUUGCUUGAUUUGAUGUUGAAAGAUUGAAGAUUGAAGAAGAAAAGAUUGAUGAAGAUGAAGAUGAAUCAGUCGUGUUUUAUCAAGUUAUAGAGUGAUUCAAUUCACACGUGUGGUAUGGUUUUUUUUCUCUUUAGCACGUGCAUGCAUGAGUUGGGUUGGGGAUUGUUGAGUGUGUUAAUUGAUUAAUAUUAGAAGAAAGAUUAUUUGAUGAUGA